GGUAAAAUGGUGCUUGCUUCUGAUUUCUUAGAGCUCUUUCGUUUUCUUCGCCAUUAAGCUUAUUCUGGGUUCGAAACAGGGUCUGCUCCGCAGAUAAUGAUGCGUGUGGUGGUAAUGAAAGAAAAAGAAAAGGAAUUUUAGAAAUGCCUAGGGAAAAACUUUUAAUGAUUUUUGUGCAACCACUGUGGGUUGUUGCUUUUUGUUUCUUGAAAGCUCCGAAAUCUCUCACACCAGGUGUUCCUCUUUCCACUACAGGACUUGGAGCCGUCCCACCGGGAUUCCACCUGUCUCCCUUUUCAGCUCCCGAAGUUUCCUUUCUCGAAGGCGUAGGCAGCAUUUCUCCUCGAGUGGAUUCCUCAACUGGCUUUUCCCGGAGGCCCGGCUCCACGUGACCUCCCCUAACACCUGUACCGCCACCAGCUCACAGCGCCCCCAUCCUCUCCGCCAGGUACAGACCCGGCCUGGCUCCUCCUCCCCAGGAGGUCACGGUCCGGGUGCGAGCCUGGCUCGGGCCGGCAGGGGAGGGGCUGAGCUACAGCCCCGCAGCCGCUGGAGCCCUUGCGGCCGGAUUAUCACAUGACUCGACGGCGGCGGUAGCCUUGGCAGCAGCCGCUCCGGCUCCGCGGGCUUGCCGGGUGGGCUCAGUUCCGCUCACGCAGGAGUCGAGCGCAGCGGGCGGGGAAGGGACCUGCUGAAGCUGCGGCCGCCCAGCCGCUCCCGGAGCGCGCGGCAUCUCCCCCGGCCCGGCCGGCCCGCUCCAUGCCGCUCCAUUGCGGAAGUGUAGCGGGGGGAGGGGGCGGCGGCGGCGGCGGCACGGAGCGCGGGAGGCCGGAGCUCGGCCCCCUGCAGCACUAGGCUCUGGGAGCAGCGCGGCGCGCCCACCGGCCCGGCUGCCCGUGCGCCCGCCGUAGCCUGCAUGCCCCGCGCUGCGCCUCGCCCGGCCCCAGCCGCCGCCCACUGCUCGCACCGCUGCUGCCGGGCGCCGGAGUAAUAUGCUCACUCGAGUGAAAUCUGCCGUGGCCAAUUUCAUGGGCGGCAUCAUGGCUGGCAGCUCAGGCUCCGAGCACGGCGGCGGCGGCGGCUGCGGAGGCUCGGACCUGCCCCUGCGCUUCCCCUACGGGCGACCCGAGUUCCUGGGGCUGUCUCAGGACGAGGUGGAGUGCAGCGCCGACCACAUCGCCCGCCCCAUCCUCAUUCUCAAGGAGACCCGGCGGCUGCCCUGGGCCACUGGCUACGCAGAGGUUAUCAAUGCCGGGAAGAGCACACACAAUGAAGACCAAGCCAGCUGUGAGGUGCUCACCGUGAAGAAGAAAGCAGGGGCCGUUACCUCAACCCCAAACAGGAACUCAGCUAAGAGACGGUCCUCACUUCCCAACGGGGAGGGGCUGCAGCUGAAGGAGAACUCGGAAUCAGAAGGCGUUUCCUGCCACUACUGGUCGCUGUUUGACGGUCACGCGGGGUCCGGGGCUGCUGUGGUGGCAUCCCGCCUGCUGCAGCACCACGUCACUGAGCAGCUGCAGGACAUCGUGGAGAUCCUGAAGAACUCGGCCGUGCUGCCGCCCACCUGCCUGGGCGAGGAGCCCGACCACACACCCGCGAACAGCCGAACUCUGACCCGCGCGGCCUCGCUCCGCGGCGGGGUGGGCGCCCCCGGCUCCCCCAGCACCCCGCCCACGCGCUUCUUCACCGAGAAGAAGAUCCCGCACGAGUGCCUCGUCAUCGGGGCUCUUGAAAGCGCAUUCAAGGAAAUGGACCUACAAAUCGAACGAGAGAGGAGUUCAUACAAUAUAUCUGGUGGUUGCACAGCCCUCAUUGUGGUUUGCCUUUUGGGGAAGCUGUACGUGGCAAAUGCUGGGGACAGCAGGGCCAUAAUCAUCAGAAAUGGAGAGAUCAUCCCCAUGUCUUCGGAAUUCACCCCUGAGACCGAGCGCCAGCGACUUCAGUACCUGGCAUUCAUGCAGCCUCACUUGCUGGGAAAUGAGUUCACACAUUUGGAGUUUCCAAGGAGAGUACAGAGAAAGGAACUUGGGAAGAAGAUGCUCUACAGGGAUUUUAAUAUGACAGGCUGGGCAUACAAAACCAUUGAGGAGGAUGACUUGAAGUUUCCCCUUAUAUAUGGAGAAGGCAAGAAGGCCCGAGUAAUGGCGACUAUUGGAGUGACCAGGGGACUUGGGGACCAUGACCUGAAGGUGCAUGAUUCCAACAUCUACAUAAAGCCAUUCCUGUCUUCAGCGCCAGAGGUAAGAGUCUACGAUCUCUCCAGAUACGAGCAUGGAGCAGACGAUGUGCUGAUCUUGGCCACUGACGGACUCUGGGAUGUUUUGUCCAAUGAAGAGGUGGCAGAAGCAAUCACUCAGUUUCUCCCUAACUGUGAUCCAGAUGACCCUCACAGGUACACACUGGCGGCUCAGGACCUGGUGAUGCGUGCCCGUGGCGUCCUGAAGGACAGAGGAUGGCGGAUAUCCAAUGACCGACUGGGCUCAGGCGAUGACAUCUCUGUAUAUGUCAUUCCUUUAAUACAUGGAAACAAACUGUCAUGAAAACAGCCCAGGGUUUUAAAAGGACAGAAGGGAAGAAAGCUGGGAUGCCUCUGGGCAGGGCGGGGCUGGGAAGUGCCCCAGCAGAGUUCCAGAUGAUGCCACCUCUUCCCAGCCCAGGUGGGAAGCUUGCUGCUGAAAGGCCUCUGGCUGAGCUUCAAGAGGACCCUCGGGUUUCAGUUUCCUCUUUAGUAACAGGUCUG